AUGGUCGAGAACAAGAAUAGCAACCAACCAGCUCAGCCAUCAUUGGCUCAUGGUACAAGUUAUUUGAUAUUAAUUCAAGUGGUAUCACGCGUCUUGACAUUCGCUUCAAACCAACUGGUUUUGCGUCACUUGUCUCCCGCGGUCUUUGGCGUUGCUACGCAAUUAGAACUUUAUUAUAUCACAGUUCUAUUCUUCUCUAGGGAAUGCGUGCGUGCUGCUAUUCAACGAGAGCCUCUGUCUAGAUCUCCUGUGACUGCCUCAUCUUUGAAGGAUGAUCAUCAGGGCCGUGAGCGUGAACGCACUCAAGGCGACUCUAUCUCAUCUCAAACGGUGGUCAACAUGUCCUAUCUUGCUAUGAUUAUCGGUGUCCCGUUAUCUGGAUUAUUGGCAAUUUUCUACCGUUCAUGGGCAAAGGACGAGACUAUCUCAAUUCCAUUUUUUUACACGAGUCUGCAGCUAGUUGGCUUGUCCUGCGUUAUCGAACUUGGAACAGAACCCUUUUUUGCAGUAGUCCAACAACGGAUGCUAUACAAAGAAAGGGCCACGGUAGAAAUGCUGGCAGCUUUUGCACGGAGCAUAAUGACAUGUGGUGUGAGUAUCCUGGCAGCUUUAAAAGGUUGGGAUAUUGGUAUUCUGCCAUUCGGACUGGGUUACCUAGCUUUCGCUUGUGCCUUGUUCUUAGGGUAUGUAUGGCAAAUACUGGCGCGUUUUGAGUCCAAGCACUUCUCCUUUUGGCUUACACCGAUUCAGUCAAAAUCUGGACUCGAGUAUAUUUUGGAUAGGUUCUCGCGUCGCCUUGUUUGGUUAGGUAGCAAUCUGUAUCUUCAAUCCGUUGUAAAGCACUUUCUCACCCAGGGCGAUUCAAUGAUACUUGCUGCUUUCUCGACCCUGGAAGACCAAGGCAUUUAUUCUUUAGCAUCGAAUUACGGUGGCCUCGUUGCACGCAUGGUUUUUCAGCCUAUUGAAGAAAGCUGUCGGAACGCAUGGACAGGACAUCUCAAUUCCAGUGACAAGAACAAUCACGAACACAAAACUUGUGUGGAAGCCGCUAAAUCACAGUUAAUCGACGUGCUUCGGGCAUACUCAAUAUUUGCCAUCCUUGUUUUAUCAAUCGGGCCCAGCACAGUUCCUAUAUUGCUUCAAUUCAUGAUCGGUUCUCGUUGGAUGUCACCAAAAGUUCAAGAGUUGUUAUCGACAUACUGCUGCUAUAUACCAUUUUUGGCUUUCAAUGGAAUCACCGAAGCGUUUGUAUCUGCUUCAGCAGGCCCUUCGGAUAUGCGAAGGCAUGCAGUGUGGCUAAGUGUGUUUUCUGCUUGCUUUUGCCUAGCUUCCUUCUUGCUCUUGAAUGUUGCAAAAUCGGGAGCCGUCGGCCUAGUGUGGGCGAAUGUCCUUAAUAUGUCGAUCAGGACAAUCUGGAGCUUUUUAUACAUACGGAAAUACCUACGUCAAAGCAGCUCAGACUUGAAGAUUUCAGAAUUUAGCCCUAAGCUUCAAACCUUCGGCGUAUUGGUUCUUGCGGCUUCUCGAGGACUGGUGGAACGCCCUUCAUUAUACGGCAAUUUAUACCAUUACGUUUUUACACUGGGUUUUGCGGCACUUUGUGGCCUCAUGGCGUGA